AUGUUUACCAAUGAAGAUGUAAGCGGAUUCAUGGGAGUAACUCGGGUGGAACCAAACAUCAUUGAAAUUGAAUGCCGAUUGACGCUGCGAAGAUAUGGAGACAGCUACGGAAAGCUAAGAAUUUCCACGGAUGGAAAACUGGAGAUUGAUUGUUGUUGUUUCUCCAACUGUCCAAAAGUAAAUUUGUCACCGGUUGAGUUUGCAAGGCAUAUGGGGAAAAAUACCAACAUCGACAACUGGAAGAACCACCUCUGGGUCAUGGAUGCUGAAGGAAACAGAAUCAGCUUGGGAAAAACCAAUCUACUAAGGUACCAUAUCCAGACUUUUGAAAGACCACUACGUCGCCCAUAUGUGCAUCGUGAUGAGUUCAUCCGUUGCUCUAAAUGCAACAAAGAGCGUCGUUUUUCUCGUCGAACCAAAGAGUUGUGCAGGAUCUACCAUGACGCUUUCCUUAAACAAGACUGGCAAUGUUCAGACAUGCCACCUAACAAGAUAACUUGUGAUGAAGCUGAGGAGCGUAAAAGUAGGAAAAAAUAUAGGGGUUGUUAUGGAAAGUCUAACUGCAAUGGCUGUAUUAAAUGUGUUUGUAUUGGUUGCAACAUGUGCAGUAAAUCAGACAACAGGCUGCAGAUAAAAAUUGAUCUCGAGAACAGCCAUGGCGAGGCUGAGGAACCCAUCAAAUUACUCUUCCUCCGCCGCGAUUCACACCAGGGGAAUCUUUUCACCUCCUACAGCUGCUACUCCGGAAGAACAAGGGAUUGUUAUCAAGCGGAAUCCCAUAUUUUGGGCGUUGGCGCAAUUGGCGGGAGGAAUCAUUCAACUGUUGCUGCUGAAUUUUCAAGUGGGGUGAGGCCGUGGACUCGUCCCUUGUCUCCUCAUCUUCCGGUCUACAAGCCGCAGUCCAAUUCGACGUCUUCCAUCUUCAAUAGAAUUGCAGGAGUUUACUUGACUGCCGUUGUUUUGGCUCCUUACUUUCUUCGUAUGAAAGUAGGGACGGUGGCGUUUACCUAUGACUACAUUUAUCAGCUCUUCUUUUAUUCAUCAAAGCUCACCCCUAUCUCUGUUAAGAUUGCUGCCUUAGCCUUGGGAUAUCAUGUGUACAAAGGGAUCGGCCAUUUAGUCGCGGAUGCUUCCGGCAAAGUGGAAAAGGUAGCCAAGCCACCAGGGGAACCCCACCUUUUGCUUGAAAAAUAA